CCAGCAAGCAGCAUGACCAGCCAGUCUCAGGGAAUCCAGCAGCUUUUGCAGGCAGAAAAACGUGCCAAGGACAAACUGGAGGAAGCCAAAAAAAGAAAGGGUAAAAGGCUGAAGCAGGCCAAGGAAGAAGCCACAGCUGAGAUAGACCACUACAGACUACAGAGGGAGAAGGAAUUUAGAAACAAGGAAACAAAUGUAAUGGGCUCCCAAGGUAACCUCUCUGCCAAAAUAGAAGAGCAAACAACAGAAGCCAUCCGAAACCUCACAAGCAGCUACCACAGGAACAUGGAGAGCAUGAUGAAAAAACUCUUGAGCACAAUAUUUGACAUCAGCCCUGAAGUUCACCCAAACUUCAGACCUGCAGUUUAAGAUUCAUUGAUGUGCUGUGUUUGCAAAGCAAAGUAGCCUUCCUUCUUGAUAAGUAUAAAUACUUUCUCAUGUAUUGUUUCUGUAUGUGUGAGAAAAAAAGAGCACUGAAGCCAAAAGCACACAAUUUCACACAGGCUUUUGAUGUGACAAGAAUUAUACAGGGUUUCACAAGCAUUUGUUGGAAUAUUGUUUCCUGUGGCUAAGCCCCUGUCAUUUAGGCAGGGACAAGUCAACAACAGCAAAAUAAAUGAUUA